CUUUUCUAGACAGAUAUAUUACCAUUUAGAUGUUGAUGGUGAACUAUAUCGAAACAUGGAUUUGUACAACUGAUAAAACUUUAAAACAGCGAAGAAGCAAAUAAAUAUGACGAACGUGUUUGGUACCGCAAGCACGUGGGCGAAGCUGGCGCUCGUGCUGAUCGUGGUCGCCGCGGCACUGCACGUGGCGGGAUUCGCGACGAGCUACUGGAUGCUGACGGAAACCAUACAGGAGAAUCUGGCCUUCGCGACCGGCCUGUGGAAGGCAAUUAACUGCUCUGGGGGCCACGACUCCGCCUGUGCGGACAUAGACGUGCCCAGCGAACACAAGACAGGCUCCUUCAAGGCCGUGCAGGCGUUCGAGUCCAUUGUGCUGGUGCUAGUGGUGGUGGGCGCGAUUAUCGCCGCCAUGUACGUGGCCUCCGAAAGGUUCCGCGAGAUUUCCAUCGCCAUAACCAUCACAAUCCUGUGUUUUGUUGCUGUGACACUGGGUAUAAUAUCCAUGAUAAUCUGGCUGGUCUUUGUGGCCUCGGACUACUAUCCCGGCUAUUCGAUCGGCCUCUGCGUGACCGCCUUCCUGAUGUGCUUCCUUGCCGGCGUCCUCAUGAUUCCGGACAUCCGCCGCUACCAAGGUAACAGUGGCAAAAUCAGACGCGUACGUCCGGAAGAACGGACGGAAGCGAAUACAUACGACAAAUUCCGUGAUCACAAACGUAGCGAUUAUUCUUUCAACCGGAAGUUCGCGUCACCGCCACCAGAGACCCCGGUGACCAACAUCAGGCAUUAUUACAACCCCAACCGAGAACCAUAUGUUCGCAGUCCGCCGCCGUCAUACCAGACAGCGCGGGCAUCAGUAAACUCACGAAGUGUGAGGACUGAUAUUCAGACACCGGAUGUGUAUUUGGGUCGCGAUGGACGCAAGCAUACACGAUACUAGACAUUUAAGCAUAAUCGAAUCGAAUCCUACUGACUACGUCCUCGUUUAAAACAAUGUGGCAAUCUACUAAGGUCUGCCUACUUUUGGCCAACAUUUGAAGAAUGAAGGUGUUUAUAUGUACAUACAUGUGUUGCCCCCGAACAUAUCUACCGACCAUAAAGGUUCAACGUAAUUCUCAGCUGCUAGACCUUAAAUGAAUGAAAUUAACUUUAUGUGUCACAAGAUGACAUGAAAAAAUAACAUGGGUAAAACGCUACAAACAUAACUUAUGUAUAUCACGCACAACGUUCACUCAGGUGACAAACUUCUCCUCAACUACUAUUUGAAUUGCAGUGAAACGCUACAUUGCAAACGUUCAUUUUUACGUUUCUUGUUUGGACAACUUCUAUUUCUCAUACAGACCAAACGUGAAUUUAAACCAUUUAUGCCUAGUGGACUCUCCCAUCCUUCGAAAUUGGAUCAAUUUAUUUCCAAAAUUAGGGAAGUCUAGUUUAUUUAUUUCUAUAUUUAGAAUAUUUCUUACAGAAAUGCCUUUCAGCAAACUGCACAGAACCUGAUGAGACGCCGCAUCAUGCGGCGUCUCAUCUGGGUCUACGCUGUUUGUGAAUGCCUUUUUUUCUAAACGCUAGGCAUAAAUGGUUUAACUGUAGAUGGAGCCUCACACACACCCCUGUAAUCUUCAUGUGUACCAUUUAUGAUUGCCUUAACAGCCUUUUCUAAGAAACUAUCGUCAAUUUGUUUAAAAUGCACACUUUCUGUUUGCGCUUUUACAAUCGUCACUUAUUAUAUUGAUUUUUAACAUGAAUGGAAGAACUUUAUUAAUAAGAUACAUUUUUGAAGUGUC